AGAUGCGGCAGUACAAUUAAAUCAAAUGAAAUAUUGCCUUUAGCCAUAUAUCAAGCGAUUCAGCUAUUUGUAGGAUACUUUCCUAGAGAGCAGCUUUGUAUCUUUUACUCUUUGUUCAGAGUUUUGCGGUAGGAUACUUUUGUCCAAAUUGUACAGCACCUACAGCGCUGUAGCUGCUUUUUGGAUUAAUUUCUUGUCAAGGGCUGCUUUUACAGAUCCAGCUGGACUGGAUGAUUGCCAUUACGUAGAUACCGAAAAUAUAAAGCAGCAUUUUCCUCCCACCGCUGUGCGACCGUGGGAACAACGAUCCGCCGCACACAGGCUACCGCUGCUUCAUAACCGACAGUAGUGCAAACGACAGCGACUAAUUAUGGAAACGAUAUGGGUAUUGAUUGGACUGUACUUUAACAUAUGCCUAAUUGUAUUAUGCCCGCAUCAAGCACUUUCCGCCGUCAUUAACCGUCAGGACGACAAAUAUCCCAUGGAAAAUUAUGCCGGCAUCGACGUCAAUGUGGCUAAUGAUAUUUCUCCGUAUCAGCCUGAUAACAGAAAUUUCCCGCUUUUCACCGAUGAACAAUCAGUGCAGCCGACGGACGACUUAUCGCCGGUUGCUGCUAUUGAUGCACCAACACCGGAAGUCGCGGAAGAGCCGGUAUUCACCUCGUACAAUCUGCUGGCUGCAUCGUCCAUGGGCAAACGCAGCCCUCAACCGGCCGAGGAGUCCGGAUUAACCCUGUCCAUUAUGAGCCCUUUGGAUGUACUGCGGGAUAAGAUGAAACAGCAGAUGGCCUUACGGCGGCUCAUGCAGAAAUCCCGUACCGCGUCGGAUAAUGCCAAAUUAAUGAAAGAAUUCGGCUGAUAUACCGAUCCUUAUACCAAUCGCGAUACCCCGGCGUAAAUAUAAUUAUGUCAUCAACUCACCUGGAUCUCUCAAGUGUCCGGCUUGGUCACAUGCGCUAUAAUUCCAUCAACAAUAUCGGUUCCAUCCAGACGUAACCGCUGAUGAAUCUGAUUUUUGUAAAUGUUGGAUCUUUUGUCGGUUUUUAUGAGGUUAUGAAUAGGAUACGCGGUAAUGCAAUAUUCAUCUAUUAUUGAUCGCUCCAUAAUUUAUUACUGUUAUCUGGUUUUUCUCAUAUGUAGGGACUAUGUCUCGGGGUUCACAAUAUAAUUCUAUGCGGCACUCUCUGUGCGUUCAUCGUGAUAAUUGGUUUAUUCUCAUUGUAAAAUAAAAAUAGCACCUGUUUACAGUUACAUCGAUUUGCUUAUUAUGGUCGCGCAAUAUCAGUUAAGUAUAUGAACUGAAUCACGUCAAUAAGUGUCUGUCUAUCGUUUGCCGA